AUGAGCCAACUCCGCCAGCGCAAGGCGCAGGCGCAAAACGCGCCGCCCGCGCCGCCCGCGCAAAAGGCCGCGCCGCCAGACGGCACGAAGCGCGCGGUGUUCGGCGCGGUCGCGCUCGCGGCGGGCCUGGCAGCCUUCUCGACGUGGCCGAUUGUGCGGGACGCGCUCUGGCCUGCGCCAAAGGUACCCUCGCAGAUGUCCAUGCAGCUCCCCGGCGUCCGCUUCGGAUACCUCGCGGAGGCGGAUAUCCCGCGCGUCUCGCCGACCAAGCUGCACCUCGAGGCGGACGAGGCGCGCCGCGAGGCAGUGCGCGAGGCGUUCAAGUGGAGCUGGGACGCGUACGAGCGCUGUGCGUUUGGAAUGGAUGAGCUGCACCCGCUCUCAUGCGGCGGCUCGAACCUUUCGGACGUCGGCAGCAUCGGGUACACUGUCGUGGACAGCCUCGACUCGCUCCUCGUCAUGGGCUUUACAGACGAGUACCGGCGCGCCGCGGACUGGUGCCGCGCGCACCUCGACUUUGACCGGGACGCGACGUUCAACGUGUUCGAGACGACGAUCCGCGUCCUCGGCGGCCUCGAGGCCGCGUACUACCUCACGAGCAUCAGCGAAGAUCCGACCAUCGCCGCCGACGCGCCCUUCUACCUCGAGCGCGCGGUCGACCUCGGCGACCGCCUGCUCGGCGCCUUCGACAGCCCCACCGGCAUCCCAUGGUCUGGCAUUAACUUGCACACGCGCGCGGGCGUGCCCGACCGUGACAACCAGGGUUUCGCGUCGCUCGCCGAAGCCACGACGCUCCAGCUCGAGCUCAAGUACCUCUCGCAUCUGACAGGCGACAUGGUGUACUGGCGCCGGGCGGAGGAUGCAAUGCGCGCAAUCAAGAACCAGGUGGUCAACGACGGGAUCGCGCCCAUCUUCAUCUCGCCGCAGACGGGCGGGUUCGUCAUGUCCGAGAUCCGCCUCGGCUCACGCGGCGACUCAUACUACGAAUACCUGCUCAAGCAGUAUCUCCAGACGAACCGGGAGGAAACCGUUUACCGCGACAUGUACGACGAGGCGAUGGCGGGUAUCAAGAAACACCUCGUGGGGCGCACGAAGCGCAGCGGCCUCAUCUUCACGCAGGAGCUGCAUCCCGCGCGCCACCCGCAAACGAACCAGCAGACGUGGCAGGUCGUGCCGAAGCAGGACCACCUCGUGUGCUUCCUCGGCGGCAGCUUGAUGCUGGGCGUGACUGAGGGCAACACGCGCGACCUGGACUGGCGCGCGCUCGACCCGCGCGACCAAGAAGACUUCGUCGUGGGCCGCGGCAUCGUGCAGAGCUGCGUCGAGACAUACAACACGCCGAGCGGGCUGGCGCCCGAGAUCGCCAUGUUUGUGCGCGAGCACGAGGAGCGCGCAGACACGCUCGACUGGUACAUCAAGCCGGGGGACAACUUGAUCGAUGCGCGCAACAUCCUGCGACCCGAAACGGUUGAGUCGCUGCUCCUCGCGUACCGCACCACAGGCGACGAGCGGUACCGCGAGUGGGGGUGGCGGAUCUUCGAGGCAUUCCGCAAGCACUGCCGCGUCGAGAGCGGCGGAUACGCCAUCGUCAAGGAUGUGCGCGUCGACCCGCCACUGCAGGAGGACCGGAUGGAGACGUUCUGGCUAUCCGAGACGCUCAAAUACCUGUACUUGCUUUUCGACGACUCGGACCACAUCCGGCUCGACCAGCACGUGUUCAACACCGAGGCGCACAUCUUGCCCGUGUUCAAGCCCGCGGCGCUGACGGCAUUCUCCACGUCGUAA